UUGGGGAUUUUCGUAUUACAGGAUGGGAUAGAUGAUAGUGGCUGGGGAUGCGCAUAUCGCUCCUUCCAGACAAUCUGGUCUUGGUUUGUUUUGCAAGGUUAUAUCGAUAAACCGGUUCCAACGCAUCGUGAAAUUCAGCAGAACUUGCACGACUGUGGCGAUAAAGACGCGAAAUUUGUGGGUAGCCGACAGUGGAUUGGAUCCAUAGAGCUUGGCUACUGCUUGGCAAAUAUGGCCGGUAUUGAUUCGCGAAUAAUAACGACCAACUCCGGCAAGGAAGUGGCGGAAAAUGCACGUCAGUUGACGCUUCACUUCAAAAUCUAUGGUACUCCAGUUAUGAUUGGUGAGCUUUGUCUUCGUCUUCGUUUUAUUUUUUUAAAGAAAAAAGAAAGAAGAACGGAUAUUUUUAUUUGUAAGUAUCUUCGUGGACCCCGCAACGGCAGUCGAAGCGGUUCUGAUAAUUUUGAUGUUUUAACCAUUAAAUUGUAA